CCAUGAAGAAAUCUUCCAGUCAACCAGCAUAGAGAAAUCUAAUUAGGUAUUCCAUCUUUUCCCCAGUCGAUACACCUCAAAAAUAUUUAUUGCUUUAUAUAACUGUUGGUUUUUAUCGUUAUUGCUAGUUUGAGGCUAUAUUUAUAAUUAUAAUAUUGAGCUAGUAGUGAGGGAGUUUAUUUUUUAAAGUUUCAUUAAUGGCAGCAUUUUAGAAUUUUUCUAUAAUGGCGAUACUGAUUAAUUUUCACGAUUCACCGCAAGAGGGAGCUGCAGUAUUGUCAAUGUCAAAUUGUUGCGAGACGAGAUGUCGAAUGAAUUGUUCGUGUUCAUCACAAAGAUAAUUCUUACUUGUGGCUUAUUCUGAUUUAUGAAAAUGGCGGAGUUGGAUCAAAUCAAUGACAAAUUCAGUGUGAAAAAUCUCUUAUUUUACCGGGCUAUACCCAAUUAUGAAAUACCAAUACCAAUUGAUGGGCAUAAAGUAUAUUCGUGUACAGAUUGCUGCGACAGAUUUGUACUGGAGUCAAGCUAUCAACGCCACAUUAAUCGAAAAUCACUUAAGAUUACUUACAUGUGCAGACACUGUAACAAUACAAAGAUUUUUCUGAACCGAUGCAACUUACUCUCCCAUAUAAGGUCGCACGCUUUUAAGACUGCUACUAUAAAUGUAAGUGAUUUGAAGGUAGAACCACUUCCAAUGAGUUACUUGACUUCAAUUAUCAGUAGUAGUAAUACCUCAAACCAGGCGACUAUCUUAUCAAAUCCACUAAAAGAGAAGUCGGCGAAGUGGGUAUGUUUUGAUUGCAAAUCAGAAUACUUAAGUUCAGGGCCUAUAUUCAAAGAACGUGCCAAACAUUACAUGAGACUAAGUAACGAAGUCUUUACUUGCCCAGUAUGCUUGUUUGCUAUGCCUAACGAAUGUGGACUCAAAGCUCAUCUUCGACUUCAUACAAACUCCCCUCCAUUCUACUGUCCCGAGUGUGGCCAACAUCUUUCAACAAAAACCAUUACUUAUCCAUAUACACAUCACUGUGAAGGUUUCAAGAUGAUGCGGGCUACAACUCGAAUGCAAUGCCCUAUUGCGAAUUGCAAAUUACUUCAUCCAAAUGAUGUUAAUGGUCAUUUAAAAAAGGAGCACGUAGUGAAAGUAUUCAAAUGUAAUGCCUGCGUUGUUGCUAGCUAUAGCAAUCAAACUAUGAUUAAGCAUCUCAAAACACAUAAUGUAGAAUGCAAAGCCCUCAUAUUUUAUCAGUGCGUAUUGUGCCCUGGAAGGUUGGUGCUACCGGGUCAAAUCGACCAUCAUUUGAAGAGCCAUGUGGAAUGUAACAGUUUUGGUAACGUUUAUCCGUGUUGGACAUGUGGACUAACGUGCAAUGAUAUUUACUCCUUUCUAAAUCACCAUAUAGAAAAGCAUUGUAAUACUGAUGCAAUUAAAAAAAUGUUCGAAUCAGCAGCGUCGCUGUUUGCAAGUUCAACAUCUAAAAGAAUAUAUCGUGUAGUUAAAAGAUGCGAUAGAUGCUUAAGAAGCUUUACAUACAAAUGUAAAUAUGAUGAAAUUCAGGUUCUUCCAGACGAAUGCCCUUUUAAAUGUACGUUGGAACCGUCAACAAGUGGUCCAACUGAAACUAUACAGAGCCCCAUUCUAAUUGAGAAAAAAAUUAAAUGCCCAUCUUGUACAAUGGCCAUAAGUGAGGAUUGGGAAGAUAUUAAACAUCAUUUUAAUGAAUUUCACAAAAAUCAACGCUGUAUAGAUAUUAAAAUAAUUUUGAAAAGAUUAAAAAGCAACCAAAUCAAUACAAUUACCAAAAAGAAGCGAAAUCGAAAAUCUAGAAAAAGUAUAGGCUCAAAACAAGAUCCUGCAAUUAAUACUAAAGAUAUAACGACAACAUCACCUACAUCCAAUAGGAACCAAUAUGAUUGUCUUAAUUGUGAGUAUUCUGGAAAAGACAAAAAAUCUUUUGAAACGCAUAUUCUACAACACAGAGAUCCAUGCAUGGCAUAUCAGUGCAUGGAAUGUGGAAAAUGUUUCGUUGUAAAGCCGUCAUUUUCCACACAUAUACUCCUAGAGCAUAACGUGACAGAUGUUGAUAAAUAUAUUCAACAAAAACAAUGUUACAAUGAAAAUGCGCUAGAUAAAUAUCAACACAAUUCUGAUGCAAUCAUUGAACCGUUGCGUGAAAAUCAAUGUCGCAUUUGUAGAGACCAGUUUGAUAAUUUAGAUGAUUUAGAUAAACAUUUCAGGGUGCAUGGUAUGGCUUUUAUAUUCAAUAAAACAUCUAACAAAAGUCCGUAAAAGUAAAAUAACAUUCGUUAAAUAAAUUUAUGUAAAAAAUGGUGUAGUAAAUAUAUAAAAAAAAUUAAAAAUACCAACUUGUUAUGUUUUUGAUAAUGUAAGAUGGUAAUAAUAAGUAUUUAAUAUAGUUAAGUAUACCUUUAAUACUUAGCUAAUUUAAAAGUAAUUGUUCUUAAGUUUAGUUUUAAUCUUAUAAUAAUAUUAGUUUAUAAUCAUUUUAUGUUAUUGUCAAAACUACCGAAGGUGUGGAUUCCACUCUUAAAAUUAGAUUUAUAUUUAUUCCGAUUUAUCUCUCCCUAGUCUACAUUUUUAUUGAAGCAAUGUCAAUGCAAAUCUUUGGCCUCCUUUUCGUCUAGGCAUUUAUGGAUCUAAAUACGAUUUUGUUAAAUAUACAAAUUAUUCUCACUCGUAAAACCCUGAAGUAAUGUGAUGUAGCUAGUUAAACAUAUUCAGAAUAGGUAAGUUAAAAUGUUAUUAUUUGUUGAUUACAAUAAAACGAAAAAGGUUUCACUAGAAUAUGUAUGUACAUGUGCAUUGUGUAUAUGGUAUGAUAUCAUUUUAUUAACCCCUACAACUAAGCAAAAUUUGUUCAGUUGGACUGUUGUCCACUUGUUUGAAUGACAUUUUCUUGUCCAUCAGACUAUUUCACCAAUUUCUUUGUGUGGUAAAAUUAUUUAGAUUUCUUUGUUUAUAUCAUAUAUUAUGUUUUACUGCAUAUGUCACGAAUACAUUGUAUUAAUUGAGAUAAUAUGGAUUGAGAUAUGUUUUAUGACUUUAUUACUAAGUAGGUAGGUACUAGUCUAUGGUAGGUACUUAGAAAUCCCGUAUGAUUGAACACUGGCAAUAUAUUGCCGGUGCUCAGCAUUACGGGAUUUCUCAUUGUGUUAACACAAAUAAACUCUUUUUUUUAUUAUUCAUAUCGUCUCAUUUCAGGCUUUUUAUAAAAUAAAAAGAUACAUAAUUUCCUUU